GGAAGCGGGGCCCACAUCGCCGCCAGAUUCCGGCGGGCCCACGAAACAGCCAGCCAGCCAGCGACUGUCGGGUGACUGACCCUUCUCCCCCUCCGUCUUCCGUCUUCCUCCUCCUCACCUCACCUCGCCACCGAUUAACGAUUAAAAUUAAACAACGCCGGAGGGAGCGGAGAGGGGAAAAAUCUGGCCUUGCCCUCCGAGAGAGCAGAUUCCGCAAGCUCCGGCGCCGCAACAACCUGCUUCGCUUCGUCUCCUUCUCGACCCGCCUCCUCGCCGUCGCCGUCGCCGUCGCCGCCGCCGCGCCACCAGGGCCAGGGUUUCCUGCUCGGCUCCGAGCAAGCCAGUUCCUCGUCUCCGGCGCCAUUCCCCUCCCCCUUGGGCUCCGCCGCCGGAUCCAACCCCUCAACCACCACAGGACAGGACAGCGCAGGACUAGAUUGCAACACACGCCGGUGAAUGAGAUUCUAGAGGUGGUCCAUCAGUUGGCGCAAUGGGCGUCGAGGAGCAAGCCGUGCAGCAACCGGACGGUGGCGGCGGAAAGCCUGAUGCCGCCAGCGCCAAGCCACCGCCUCCGGAACAUGGUCAGCAAACACCACCGAGCAACCCCCGUGCGUCGACCUGCAGCACGGACAAGGACGACGACGGCCACGCCAUCUGCCGGGUGUGCCAAUGCACGGAGCCUGACCUGACAGGCGCAUCUGCUCUGGGUUUCCUAGGCAUCGUGCCGCCUUCCCCUCACCCAUCCUGCCUCAAGGACCCGGGCAACGACGCCACCAAGAAUCCCACCACCAAGGAUGCCUCCAACGCUCCCACAUUUCUCGAGUUCAUAGGCCCCGAGGGGGAGAUCUUCAAGUGCGCCACCGACAUCGAAUCAGGCCAUUUCCGCCCGCAGGACGCCAUUGUGAACCUCGGAUGCUCCUGCAAGAACGAGCUCGCGCUCGCGCACUACGCGUGCGCGCUCAAGUGGUUCAUCAGCCACGGGUCCACCGUGUGCGAGAUAUGCAGUGAUGCCGCCACCAACGUGCGGCCCCAGGAUUACAACAUGGUGCUCGCGUCACUCAAGGACUACCAAGCUCUCAGGGAAAGGACCUCCACCGGGGCUCUCUCCUACUUGCACUACAGGGCGGAGGCGUCCGUCGACCCGGUCGCCCUCGCCGCAGUUCGGAGACAGCGGCUCUGCGAGAUAUCGUCAUGGUUCAACCCUCACAAUGCACAUUUCGUGUUUUCUCACAGUCAGAGGCACAGCAGCUACAACGAAGAGGUGCCAGUUAGCCCAAGUAAUAACUCUGCAGACUAUAGUGUUUCGGCUUGGGGGCCAGCACACGGGGGGCCGAGUGUCGGGAGUACCGGAGCCUUUGUUGCUAUCGCCCUAGCUUUUGUUAUUCUUGCAUGGUUUGUUGCUCCACAUGUUGGCAAGAGAGCGGCUGCGAUCCUUCUUCACAUGCUUCUGGGAGGCCUUUGCUCGUUGACGAUAAUAAUCUCGCUGAGAUUUGUAAGUAAACUAGGAUGCUUAACACAUAUGGUCUUCCCGAGAAUCCAGUUUGGGUCGAUGCGAUACUGGGGGAUCCUGUUCGUGUCCUGGUUCCUCGUGUUUGGAGUGUGGGCGUCGCGAACCCGCACCAUCCGCCGCAAUUCAUGAUUACAUCGAGUGUGCCCUCAGUCAGCCGUUGUGAGGAUUUAGGACCGCGGCGUCGCAAAGGGUAGCGUCCACGGCAGCCUUAGGUAUUAUUGUCCUCCUUGUCUAUAUCCACCGCUAUAUCAUGGGUGCGUUUUUGUAGCUGAAUUAUGUUGAGGUGUAAAAGAUUGAUCCGAGAAAACAAGUAAAAAGUUAUGGUGAUCUGCUACUCGUUUGAGAUGCAGAUGGAUGACUGCUAGUUGUUCAGCA